GGCCCUGCCUACGGUCCCGCCUUCUCCCGAGACGGGCUGCGUGCGCACCGCCCUCCCGUCGUCCCAGUGCGCACGCGCGGCAGCGGCCCCGCCCCCGUUCCCCCGGCGCUCGGAGCCCGAGUCCGCGGGAAGAUGGCGGCGCCACUCAUCCCCCUCUCCCAGCAGAUUCCCACUGGAAAUUCGUUGUAUGAAUCUUAUUACAAGCAGGUCGAUCCAGCAUACACAGGGAGGGUGGGGGCGAGUGAAGCUGCGCUUUUUCUAAAGAAGUCUGGCCUCUCGGACAUUAUCCUUGGGAAGAUAUGGGACUUGGCUGACCCAGAAGGUAAAGGGUUCUUGGACAAACAGGGUUUCUAUGUUGCACUGAGACUGGUGGCCUGUGCACAGAGUGGCCAUGAAGUUACCUUGAGCAAUCUGAAUUUGAGCAUGCCACCACCUAAGUUUCACGACACCAGCAGCCCUCUGAUGGUCACACCGCCCUCUGCAGAGGCCCACUGGGCUGUGAGGGUGGAAGAAAAGGCCAAAUUUGAUGGGAUUUUUGAAAGCCUCUUGCCCAUCAAUGGUUUGCUCUCUGGAGACAAAGUCAAGCCAGUCCUCAUGAACUCAAAGCUGCCUCUUGAUGUCCUGGGCCGGGUCUGGGACCUCAGUGACAUUGAUAAGGAUGGGCACUUGGACCGAGACGAGUUCGCUGUGGCCAUGCACUUGGUGUACCGAGCCCUGGAGAAGGAGCCCGUGCCCUCCGCCCUGCCCCCAUCCCUCAUCCCACCCUCCAAGAGAAAGAAGACUGUGUUUCCUGGCGCCGUCCCUGUCCUGCCCGCCAGCCCCCCACCAAAAGACAGCCUCCGCUCCACGCCGUCCCACGGCAGUGUCAGCAGCCUCAACAGCACAGGAAGCCUGUCCCCCAAGCACAGCCUCAAGCAAACACAGCCAACAGUGAACUGGGUGGUGCCGGUGGCAGACAAGAUGCGAUUUGAUGAGAUAUUCCUGAAGACCGAUCUGGAUCUGGAUGGCUACGUGAGUGGCCAGGAGGUGAAGGAGAUCUUCAUGCACUCGGGCCUCACCCAGAACCUUCUAGCACACAUAUGGGCCCUGGCCGAUACGAGGCAAACGGGGAAGUUAAGCAAAGACCAAUUCGCGUUAGCUAUGUAUUUCAUUCAGCAGAAGGUCAGUAAAGGCAUCGACCCCCCUCAAGUCCUCUCGCCAGACAUGGUCCCGCCCUCGGAGAGAGGCACGCCCGGCCCGGACAGUUCAGGCUCUCUCGGCUCCGGGGAGUUUACUGGCGUGAAGGAGCUCGAUGACAUCAGUCAAGAGAUUGCCCAGUUACAAAGAGAGAAAUAUUCACUGGAACAAGACAUUCGAGAAAAGGAAGAGGCAAUCAGACAGAAAACCAGCGAGGUGCAGGAAUUACAAAAUGACCUAGACCGGGAAACAAGCAGUUUGCAGGAGCUUGAGGCUCAGAAACAGGAUGCUCAAGACCGCCUGGACGAGAUGGACCAGCAGAAGGCCAAGCUCCGAGACAUGCUGAGCGACGUCCGGCAGAAGUGCCAGGACGAGACUCAGAUGAUCUCAUCAUUGAAAACGCAAAUCCAGUCUCAGGAAUCGGACUUAAAGUCCCAGGAAGACGAUCUGAACCGAGCCAAGUCGGAGCUGAACCGAUUGCAGCAGGAGGAAACCCAGCUGGAGCAGAGCAUUCAGGCUGGGCGAGUCCAGCUGGAAACCAUUAUCAAGUCCCUGAAGUCAACGCAAGAUGAAAUCAACCAGGCAAGGAGCAAACUUUCCCAGCUGCACGAAAGCCGCCAGGAGGCCCACAGGAGCCUGGAGCAGUAUGACCAGGUGCUCGAUGGAGCCCAUGGCGCCAGCCUGACCGACCUGGCCGACCUGAGCGAAGGCGUCUCCCUGGCAGAGAGGGGCGGUUUUGGAGCCAUGGAUGAUCCUUUCAAAAAUAAAGCCUUGUUAUUUAGCAACAACACACAAGAGCUGCAUCCGGAUCCUUUCCAGACAGAAGACCCCUUCAAAUCUGACCCAUUUAAAGGAGCUGAUCCCUUCAAAGGUGACCCGUUCCAGAAUGACCCCUUUGCAGAACAGCAGACAACUUCAACAGAUCCAUUUGGAGGGGACCCUUUCAAAGAAAGUGACCCAUUCCGUGGCUCUGCCACCGACGACUUCUUCAAGAAACAGACAAAGAAUGACCCAUUUACCUCGGACCCAUUCACGAAAAACCCUUCCUUACCUUCGAAGCUCGACCCCUUUGAAUCCAGUGAUCCCUUUUCAUCCUCCAGUGUCUCCUCAAAAGGAUCAGAUCCCUUUGGAACCUUAGAUCCCUUCGGAAGUGGGUCCUUCAAUAGUGCUGAAGGCUUUGCCGACUUCAGCCAGAUGUCCAAGCCCCCACCUUCUGGCCCUUUCACCUCCUCCUUGGGAGGGGCAGGAUUCUCAGAUGACCCCUUUAAAAGUAAACAGGACACUCCUGCUCUGCCUCCGAAGAAACCUGCUCCUCCACGGCCUAAACCGCCCAGCGGUAAAAGUACACCUGUAAGCCAGCUUGGUUCUGCAGACUUUCCCGAGGCCCCCGAUCCAUUCCAGCCACUUGGGGCUGACAGCGGCGACCCGUUCCAAAGUAAAAAGGGGUUUGGGGACCCGUUUAGUGGAAAAGACCCAUUUGUCCCCUCCUCUGCAGCUAAACCUUCUAAGGCCUCUGCCUCGGGCUUUGCAGACUUCACCUCUUUUGGCAAUGAGGAGCAGCAGCUGGCGUGGGCCAAGCGGGAGAGCGAGAAGGCGGAACAGGAGAGGCUGGCGCGGCUGCGGCGGCAGGAGCAGGAGGACCUGGAACUGGCCAUCGCGCUCAGCAAGGCUGACAUGCCUGCCGCCUAGGCAAGGGCCAUGUGCAGGCGGGACAGGGCACGGGCAGGUUCCAGAGAGGGGGCAGUGCAGAUGCCUAUAUACACACACACACACACCGUCGCCACCGUACUCCAAGGACCGGGACUCGGGGGCUCGUUCAGGGUGAGCAAACUGGCUGCAAGACCUGGAAAGGGCACAUCUCCUGGGGAAGCCCUUAUGGAGGCCUUGGCCACCACUUCUACAGGUCUGUCUCUCUACUGUGCCAUCCCCCCCCGGGGCUGACCGUCUCCCGCUCUUGCUCUGGGAACAAACACACGGCUGGUCAGUUGAGGAGAGGAAGCACCCAGGGCCUCCCGGCCUCCUCCCUACUCAUAGCUGCAGACAUCUCCGCCCGCCCUCCCACGCAUCAGUCAGACACUCCCCCAGUGGUGUAUGCAUUCGUUGUAUAAAAUGAAGUUUGAAUGAUUAAUAUAAAAUAUUUUAAUACAAAA